GGUCCAGGCAAGGCAGCAGCAAUAUUCACAUUUAGCAACAACAACAAGCUUCAGAGAGGAGAGACGGUCCCGUUAUGUUGCUGGGAGCAGGAUGAGGUGUGUCCCAGCACACAACCCCGGACUGAGAAACACAGGAUGUGGCCUCGUUUCUCUGGAUGUUGGACAGACGGUGAAGACGGGCAGAGCCUGUGACUCGCACACAUCUAACCUCCUCCGGCCAUCUGAGUCCAAUAGUUUCUCAUUGAGACGAUAAAGUAUUUAAAUUCUCAAAAUAAUGUAGCAAAAACAGCUUGACCUCGGAGAUAUUUCACCUCUUGUAACCGGCCGGUGUUGUCGGUGUCGAUGGAGCUGAGCCCGACACUCAAGUUCUCACUCAUCUGUAAAUUAUUAGACCAAUGUGCCGUGUUUGCCCCCCGUCAGUGACCCCAGCUGUGCAAUCACUUCGGCUCUCUGUCAUAUGUUUGAAGUGAUUCGAUACGUCAAUCAGAAUGAACGGCUCUCUGUUGACCCCGCCCAGCCCGCGGGCGGCCAACUCCUCCCCUCUGCCCCCCUCCCCCUCCCCGUCUCCGUCCCCUCCCUCCCCCUCUCUGCUGCCCCUGUCCCCCCGGCCCCCCCCUCUGCCCCCUCUGGUGAGCCCCCCCCCUCAGGCCCACCCCUCCUCGCUGUCGGACACACCCACGCCGUCCCCCUCGCCAUGCCUGAGCUGGACCGAAUUCUGUGAGCUCCACGCCCGCGUCGCAGCCGGUGACUUUGCACGCCACUUUCGGGCUUUCCUCCUGGAGAACCCACACUACUCCCCGGACUCGGCGGCCGCCUUCUGCCGGCGGUUCACUGACCGCUUCGUCCGCCACUUCCAGAGCGAGCUGGAGGGGGCGCUCCCGCCGAGCUGUGCUUCUGGGAGGGACGACAUGGCGAGCUGGGCUCCCCAGUCGGACGCUACUUCCCUGGAAGAGGAAGCGGUCUCGCCCCUGUCGGCAUCCGGGGGAGCCGUCCUCCCGUGUCCCCCGACCAACGCCACGCGGGCCUCCUCCAAGCCGGCGCCGGCCCGGCUGGUGCUGGAGAACCGCAGCGGGGACAGGUUUCAAGAUUCUUACGCCCACAGCCAAGUCCUGCCUCCAUCUUCAUCGUCGUCGUGCUGCUCCUCAGUGGGCGGGAACAACGGGAGGCGUGAGGAGAGGGGCGCCAUGAUGGCUCCAGGGAACGGGGAAGCCCCGGUGGAGGAGGAGGAGGACAGCUGGUUAGGGGUGGCGUCUGUGGGGGAGGACGUGGAGCCAGAGGAGCGGGAGGUGGAGCCUGCAGAGGUGGACGGCGCCGACCCCUCCUACCCUCCUCAGAUCCCCUCGUCCUCCUCCGUGUCGCCCCCGCCAGGCUCCAAAGGCAACACCACGCCCAACUCCUCCAAAAACAAACUUAAGAAGCGAUUUUCUUUGCGGAGUGUGGGUCGCAGCGUGCGGGGGAGCGUCCGCGGCAUCCUGCACUGGCGGAGCUCAUCCAGCGACUCGGCUCAGAGCCAGCUGCCCUCCAGCUACAGCUACACCAUGGGAGUGCAGGACGCCACGCUGGUUUCUUCCUCAAAGAGGAACUCUGGUACACAGCCUCCUACCCCCACCUCCUCCAUGCCCGUCUCCCUGUCCAUGCCCCUCUCCCUGCCCCACUCCUCCUCCUCCUCGCUGCCGCCCUCAUCCUCCAGCAGCGCCACCUCUCUGUCUCUGUCCGAGGCUGCUCGGGACCGGCGGCGGAGCAACGGCGAGGGAGGUGAGAAGGAGAAGUGGAGCCACCGUCUGGAGAAACUCAGACUGACUCGAUCCCCUCCUCCCGUCCUCACCCCAACCGCCGCCGGCCCCCACUCCGCCUCCUCCACGCUGCCUCCCAGCAGCGCCGCUGCCGCCGCCAUGGGACCUCCAAGGAAGGUGGGCCGGCUGGUGCGGGAGGGUGGCGUGAGCGUCAGCUCAUCCAGCGACGAGUUGAGCGGAAGCCACGGCUUCUCCGGCUUCUCCUUCGGUCUGCUGCAUCACAGUACGGACAACAACAAUGCCGCCUCGGCUUCAUCCGCGGCUCAGGUUGGCGCGGUGCAGCCGCUGGCCAGCGGUGGGAACGUGCCCUGGAGAGGAGGACGCUGGCACAAGUGUCGCCUCGUCCUCCGAGAGAGAGAUCGAGAGGGAGCAGAGCGGGGAGAGGAGUACUACUUGGAAUUCUUCAUUCCACCCAAAUCUUCGAAGCCGCGGCUGACGGUUCCCUGCUGCUCCAUUGUGGACGUGAGGAGCACCACAGCGCUGGAGGUCCCCGAUAAGGAGAACACCUUCCUGCUGCAGCUGGACGGGUCGGCGCAGUACGUGAUCGAGACGCGUGACGCUGUGCAGAUGAGAGCCUGGCUGAGCGACAUCAGGAACGGCAUCUGUCUCAGUGAACAGGACGAUGCUGAAGGUGUGUGUGUCGGCCCGCUGGACAUCAGCGGGACACCUGAAAUUGUUGACCGUCUCUCACAAGUGUGUUAUGGCGGUAUCGGAGGCUCCUCCCCUCUCAUGGAUCCUCUCCCGCCGGAGCUGCCGCCUCGAGCGCCUCUGGACGAACCCGACAGCCGGAUCCUCGGCGGGGGCGGGGCCAGCCUGGGCACACCUUUUGCUGAGACGCCGGACGCUACAGGCUCCUUCCUGUUCUCGGAGGUGACCACGGCGGAGGCGGUGGAGCACCCGCUCAGCGAGUGUCAGUGGUUCCACGGCACGUUGUCCCGACUCAAAGCUGCUCAGCUGGUGCUGGCCGGAGGCCCGGCGAGCCACGGCGUCUUCCUGGUUCGCCAGAGCGAGACGCGGCGCGGAGAGUACGUACUCACCUUUAACUUCCAGGGCAAGGCCAAGCACCUGCGUCUGUCCCUGAACGAGGACGGUCAAUGCCGGGUGCAGCACCUCUGGUUCCAGUCCAUCUUCGACAUGUUGGAGCACUUCCGGGUGCACCCGAUCCCCCUGGAGUCCGGCGGCGCCUCAGACGUCACGCUCAUCAGCUUCGUGGGCGCCACCGCUGUUCGCCAGCCAGACUUGACCAGCAGACCCCGUAGCCCUCCUCAGCCUCCUCCGCUGCCACCGGGCCGCCCGCCGCCCCCGACUCCUCCCCAGGAGAGAGGAAACGAGGCCGAGGUGGCAGCUGGAGGAGGAGGAGGCGCAGCUGGAGGAGGAGGCGCAGCAGCGGCGGCAGCUGUGGUGACGACAGGAGGAGGAGGAGGAAGCGGAGGCAGCGGCGGUGGGAGCGGAGGAGGAGUGGAGGACUGGGAGGAGAGGGACAGGGACACUCCUCUCCGCCAACUAGAAGCUGUGGAGGGCGAGGAGAGGGACGGAGCGAGGGCGCCACGAGCCAUCGACAACCAGUACUCCUUCUUCUGAUGAAGGGAAGACGGGGAGGAGGAGGAGGAGGAGGAGCAGCAGCAGGAGGAGGAGGAGGAGGAGGAGUGUGUGUGUGCGUGUUUGAAUGUGUGUGUGAGCGAACGUGAGAUUGGAUGAGGCGGCGUACAUCAUAGCCAUUCAUAACCAGUAUUUUUUUAUUUUGUUAGCGAGGAGGAGGAGGAGGAGGAGGAAGAGGAGGAGUACUACUAACACUACGAGAGAAAGAGAAGCAGACGGAGAGACGGGUGAGAGCGGCUUUACAACACUAACCAUCGCGGUACAUUUCUUUUUAUUUUUUAUCCUCAUGUAGUCCGAUAAGCUUUAUGUUUUUGCCGGUACGACUCGCCGUGAAGCCAGCAGUCCUGAUACCUCACAGUGGUCCCGCCAACACGGCACCAAACACUCUGCAGACGUGAUCUGUGCGUGGCAGCUAGACCCCGAACCUCACGCUCCAACCGGUACGGAGACGACGCCCUGCAGGCUCCAUUCAGCUCAAAGGUUCAACCUGACAUUCAUGUAUUAAAGAGAACAUUUUCACGCGCUUUGGGGCAAAUUUUCCUUUAAGAGAACCCAAAAAAUCCACCAGUUUGACGUCUAAAUAAACUGUAAAAACAGACAUUCUCGUCAGAGUUUGAGCUUUCUGACAGUCCUUGAACGGCUCAUCAGUUAAAAAGUGACCAAACUGAAGCUUAAAAUUAAAUCUUUAUUCUACAUGUGUCAUUUAAAACGUGUCCAAAAAUAAAGAUAAUAGUUGCAUAAACUAUUCAUUUUAUUUUCAUUUAUUUAAUAUAUACUCCCAGCCCAUGUAUUUCCUGUGGUAGAUGAUGGUUUUUGGUUCUCAGAUGGGAGAACCAGAUGUGUUCAACAUGCAUAUUAACAUUCGUAUAUUAAAAGAGAACAUUUUCACACGUUUUGGGGCAAAUUUCCUUUAAGAGAUCGCCAAAAAUCCACCGUUUAAUGUUGAAAGAAACUAAAAACACUAUUGUCAGAGUUUGAGCUUUCCGACAGUCCUUGAAUGCAUCAUGUGUAACAUCAGAAAACUAACCAAACCGAAGCUUGUGAUAUUUCUGUCAGAAUCACUUUAUUCUACUUGUGUCAUUUAAAAUGUGGCCAGAAAUAAAAACAGUAGUCACAUAAACUAUUAAAAAAAAUGUUUUAAUCAUUUAUUGAAUAUUUACCCAGUCAGUGUAUUUCCUGUGGUAGAUGAUGGUUUUUGGUUCCCAAUUUGGAGAACCAGACGUGCUCCAGGUUGUCCCUUUAAGGUUCAACAUGCACAUUAACAUUCACAUAUUAAACAGAAGAUUUUCACACCUUUUGGGGCAAAUUUUCCUUCAAAAACUGUAAAAAUAGACAUUAUCGUCAGAGUUUGAGCUUUCCGACAGUCCUUGAACGCAUUGUGUUAAAAAAGUUUCUAUUAUAAAAAGUGACCAAACGGAAGCUUAAAAUGUUGAUAUUUCUGUCAGAAUCAUUUAAAACGUGUCCAAAAAUAAAGACAAUAGUGUUAUUAAUAGUAUAUUCCAAUUUGUAUAAUUAAUAAUAAUUAAUUGAAUAUUUAUACAAUCUAAAAUCACUUUGUAUCCCUUAUAAUUGUCUGACAACAUUAAAGGGAUAUUCAUAUUAACACUAAUGUUGAUUUUAUAUAUUUCUUCAUUUAUGAAGCAGAAAUUAUUAUUUUUUGCAUCCAGAUUCUGGAGAAUUUGCUGCUUUUCUUUGUUUUACGACGUAGGAUAAAUAGUGAGUAAGUACAAUAAAUACAUUCUAAGAUGUUUAUAAACCAAACAAAAAAUUGAAAACUAAAUGACUUUUGGGCACAAAAAUUACAAGAAAAAGUAGCAUUGGUGUGUCAUCAUUAUUAUUAAUCAACAGAUUAAUUAAAAUGAACAAAAACAAACAAUAACACUAAAAGAGUCUGCAGAUUUUAAUUGAUCACGAAAAUAAUUGUUAGCUGCAGAUCUACUUCUCACACGACUACAGGCAUUUAAAAAUGUUUUAAAAAUAUCUAUAAAAGUUCCUCAAAGAGCGCGUAGCACUAAACUGACUUUAAUGGAGUUUGGUUUAGUUUUAACACUAAGGUACACCAGUUAAACUGUACAAGAGAAUUUGUCGAGAAAACCAUGUAAAUUAAAGCGAUAUUGGUGUGUUUUUUUACUCUCUUCUGGCAUUUGAGACCCUAAAAACUAUAUCCAUUAUUUAUUUAGUUUAGUAGUAAUAAUAAGUAACUAUGUAAAUAUUAGUGGAACAAGAUUUCAGCAGACCAAAAUUGUUUAAAAAAGACAUUUGUAUGAAAAAAAGAGUUAAAUUGACAGAUUUUUGAAUGGAGUUUGGUUUAAUUUUAAGACUAUAAAAGAGCAUUUUUCCUCUCUGUCUUCUGGAAUUGGACAGACUAAACAAUGAAUCAAUUAUAACUAUAUUUUUUUAAAUUGACAUUAAUAUAUACAUAUUAGCAGAACAAGAUUGCAGGCUGCUUAAAUUGUUUCAAAAAGAAAGAGUUUGGUUUAAUUUUGCAAGCAUCUGGAGACAAAAAUUGCAAGAUAAAAUUAUAUAUUUUUAUGCUCUUGUGGCAUUUGAUACGCUAACCAAUAUUAAAUAAAAAGAGCCAAUAAAAUCUAAUAAAAGAGCAUUUUUCCCCUCUCUCUUCUGGCCUUUGACAGCCAGGCAGCAUCAAUUUGACAGAUUUUUGAGUCUGGUUUAAUUUUAAGGGCAUAAGUAAUAUAUAAAUAUUACUGGAACAAGAUUUCGGCAGACCAAAAUGUUUUAAAAAGGCAUAAUAUCUGUAUAAAAGUUUCCUGAAAUAACACGUUAAAUUGACAGAUUUUUGAAUGGAGUUUUGUUUAAUUUUAAGAGCUUCAGGAAACAAAAAAAUUUCAAGAUGAAAUUAUAUUUUUUAUGCUCUUCUGGCAUUUGAUACCCUUGGCAAUGUAGUGAUAAUAAGCAAAUUUUUGAAUGGAGUUUGGUUUAGUUUUAAGACUAUAAUAGAGCAUUUUCCCCUCUCUCUCUCCUGGCCUUUAACAGCCUCACAGCGUUAAAUUGUGA